AUGCCGUUUCGGCCGAGUUGCAUUAUCUGCUGCUCCGACUGCGAUGCCGACGGUCUCUUCACGAGUUGUCAACACUUUCUCUGCGGCCGUUGCUCCGCCCGAUAUCCACCAGCGCAGUGCCCGCGAUGCCGUAAACCGUGCAAAGCCGUAAAGGCAGGCGCUGCACUCCCAAAAGAGAUCGCAGACCGCAUCGGUCAAGAUCCUCAACGACUGAUCGCAGCAGCAGCGCAGGCAAUUGAGUUUCAGCGGCGGCAGGAACAACAAACACUGCAGCGUCUGCGGGAGAUUGUCACUACACUUAAUCAGAGUAAUCGUAGCAUGGCAACGCAGAUAAACGCCGCCAAGACGGAGCGUGAAAAUCUUCUCAACACAAUUAAACGACUACAGAAUCAAUUAUACACUCAACAGCAACAACAUCAUCAUCAAUUGCAGCAGCAGCAACUCACACAGCGCCCACCAGACGCCCAUGUUAUGAAUGCUGCCACUGCUGGAGGACGUGAUAAUAAUGGCGGAAGCACUCUUUACACAUCAGCCGCAGCAACACAAAACAUAUCAUCACGCGCCUCACCGUUUCGCAUUCACGGUUCCUCCGCCUAUCACCAGAGCGGCACUGCGCCAAGUCCAACAAGUGCGGCUCUUCACAGUUGGCUCGCAUCUCCCGCUGGGGGAGGAGGCGCCGCCGCUGCUGCCGUCACUCCGCUGGGAUGGAGUCACUCCAAGCGACUGCGGGAGGAUGAGCCGUACACACCCACACGCAAUAGUGUUAGCGCCAAUGGCAUUAAUGUUGGGAAUGGUGGUAAUGUGAAUAGUGUUGUUGGUGGGGAGUCCGCGCGAUUUCGACUGGCGACACCAGCCAUUACGCUGCGGAAUGCCUUGUCGGGCUCGCGUGAUAAUACACCUGUACAUCACAACAUGGAUUGCAGUACUGCUAGUGCGGGGGCUGUUGGGAUGGGAGCACCAAAGCCGCUCCAGAGUCUUCUUUGCCGGGGUCCAUGA